AUGGGCAGUGCUGGGGACCACAUUCCGUCUCUGGUAUGGCAAUCGUCAAAAGAGCACCAUAGCGACCCUCCGGAGCUCCUAGACGAUGAAGGGGACGUGGGUGUGGGAGGAAAUGCAUUCCUUCGUGCACUUAAAAAUCUUCUUAAUAUUUAUAGGCCUAGCAUCCUAAGCGUUUUCGAGCCAAAGGUGUCCGGAGCUCAAGCGAAUGAGAUUUGUAAAAAGUUGGGCUUUUCAGAUUGGAUCAGGGUGGAAGCUGUGGGCUUUAGCGGUGGCAUCUGGGUAUUCUGGAGGGACCCGGUGGAAGAAAAUAAUCAGCCGCCUUGGCUCAUAGCCUCGAUGUACGGCAGUCCUACCCACCAUCUGCGCCGGAGACUGCGGAAGGAUCUUCGGCAUUCGGAACGCAACAUCACGGGAUCUUGGACCGCGUCCGGGGAUUUUAACGCUGUUACUAGCAGGGACGAGACAAGCAACUACAUUUCAUUCUCGGCCCAUCGGAGCUCGGAUUUUAUAAGCUGGAUCCAGGAGGAGGGGCUCAUUGAUUUGGGAUUUUCGGGCCCACAUCUCACUUGGAUGAAAAAUGGUGGCGAUUGCGCCCCUAAAGGUGCCCGACUGGAUCGGGCUCUGUGCAACACGGAUUGGAGGUUGCGCUUCCCAGGUGCGUGUGUUACACACCUAGCCCGUUUCGCAUCUGACCAUGCACCUCUCUUAUUACAGGUUCAGGGUGGAAAACAUCAACCAAAGGUGGCGCCCUUCGUUUUUCAAGCAGCUUGGUUGACCCAUGCAGAUGCUCGAGGGGUUGUUGAGCGUAUCUCAGACCAAAGCAUUAUGGACAAUACACGUAACUUGGCGGCUGGUCUGUCGGCGUGGAACAAAUCUACCUUCGGAAACAUAUUCAAGCGCAAGCGGAUCUUUCUGUCUCGGAUUAAUGGCAUUCAGAAGGUGUUGGCGAGAACACACCACCGCGGCCUUGAGAAGCUGGAGCACAAGCUUAGAGAGGAGUUAGAAGCCACUUUGCACCAGGAGGAACUCCUUUGGUACCAGAAGUCCCGGGAGGAAUGGAUUUGCUCGGGGGAUAGGAAUACGUCUUUUUACCAUGCAGCAGCUGCCAUCCGCAAGUCGCGCACCUCCGUCCGGAGUUUGGUUGACGACACCGGAGUAUGGAUUACGGAGGAAACAGGGCUCAAGGACCACAUCCGGAAUUUCUACGUGCACUUAUUCUCCGAGGAGGGCACAGGGACCCCACAAAUUUCCCGGCUUUACGAGACCUCGACUGGAGGUGUUUCAAUAGACAGGUAA